AUGGUUGAAGAGGAUCUUGAUUUAACGCACGGUUUGAGAAAAGCCGACAUUCGACGCGCUCCACAAAUUACGGUCAGAGAAGUACCUGAAGAGGAGGAUCCACAAGUGACAAAGAGACAGACCGAAGCUUCGAAGCAAUCGCAAAGCGGCGCUGAACUGCCUAAAUGUAACAGUCAAGUGUUAAAGAAGUUGAUGGAAGAGAACAUUUCCGACAACUCAUCAGAUUCAAAACGGAAGAUCAACACGGCGGCUGAAGAGAAAUUUGGGGGAAAUGUUGAUGUUGUGUGCAGUCGGGGGCAUUUCUCUUACGUUUUCUCAUCAAAUUUAUACUGUGAAACGACGAAAGGACUUGUUACUUGUAUAGCUUUUCGACAAGCUGUU